GCCUGUCUGUAUGAGAAUCAUCUUUUUUGCAUUCUUCUAUCUUUAAAUGCUUUUUACUCUUUUGCUUUGAUCGAUCAACCGAUUCGAUUCGGUUGCGCCAAGUUUCUUCUUCUUAGUUUGUAUGCUUUCUCGAGCCUCAGAAUUCUCGAGACACAGCACCUCGAACGGUUAACUCAUCGUUUUCCCGUAAAUGUGGUACUAGUUUUCAUCUUUGAUCCGCUUGGUUGUUCAGAAAAUCUUCGGGGAAAAAGUGUUUCUGUUUGAUUGUUUAUUGAGUAUUUUAGAGGUGGAACCGUGAGUUUUUAUGAGGAAAAUGCGGAUUGCAAGAAUUUGGCAGGGAUGAUAAGGUAUCUUGAUAGAAAUUGCAGUCCUCUGUGCUGAUGAUCUGCUUCUGCCUGUUGGCAAGAGGAUACUGUUAUGCGUUUGGGUUUCAACUCUUAUGUUGCUCAUUUCAUUGAGUGGAUUUAAAGAGCUACUGCUGAGAAGAAGGUGAUUGUGUUUCAUAUUUAUAAUUGAUUCAAGAUGAGCUGGAACCCUCAGUUGGAAUUUCAUUACUCAAAUUCUGCCAUGCCUUACAACUCCAUUGGAAGCUUCAUGGAUUUCUUUGGAGCCAUGACCUAUGACCAUGUGAACUAUAUCUUUGCUGAUGCUUCAUAUGCUCCCGAGAGUCUUUACCCUUCUGUUUAUACCAAUCAAUACAAGUUCGGGUUCUCUGAAGCUGGGAAUUUCUGUUAUUAUGAUUAUAGUCAUGACCAUGUUUUGAACAAUCAAGUAUCUGGGAAUGAGGUGCAAGAUCGACAUCUAGAAAACCCUUCAACGAUUGCUGAAAGUGAGUCUGUAGCAGCAGAUAUGCACCAACAAGAACAUUUGGGUGCUAAUUCCAUGGAAUGUCCUCGAGGUCAUCAUAAUACUCGUGUCAGUGAGGUUGUUUGGCAAGACAAUAUUGAUCCCGACAACAUGACCUAUGAGGAAUUGCUUGAAUUGGGAGAGGCGGUUGGAACUCAAAGCAGAGGUCUUUCUCAAGACCUCAUCUCUUUGCUCCCCGUCACAAAGUUCAAGCGCGGCCUAUUCUCAAGAAGGAAAUCAAGAACCGAAAGGUGCGUGAUCUGCCAAAUGGAGUACAAGAAAGGCGAUCGUCAAAUCACUCUUCCGUGCAAACAUGCCUAUCACAAAGCUUGUGGCAGCAGAUGGCUCAGUAUCAACAAAGCAUGCCCGAUAUGUUACUCAGACGUGGUGAUCAAAGCGCCAAAGCAGUAAAGGUUUUCUAUUUAUAAACAUAGGGCGACCCCGGAUUCAUCUUCUCUUUAUUCAAUCUUACCGUAGCUUUCCCGUCCCUUUACAUUUCCCCUACAUUAUCUUCGAUCCUUUGCUGUUAACCUUUCAUGUUAACAUAUGAAGAUUUAGCUUAGUUGAUGACUUGAUGUUAGAAGAAGUGUGUUGUCAGAAUUCUUUUGUGUUGUUUAGAGCUUGCAAUUAAUGCUGUUUUACAUGCAAGUAUUGUUUCAUGUGUUUCCCCCCUAUUGUAAGAUGACUUCCUUGAAGGCAUAAUAGCUGUAAAAUUCUUUACUUUAUAAGACCUGAUCAUGAUGAUAUGAUCAGUUGGUGGGACC